AUGGCACCCAAAGGGUCUAAGAAGUCGGCGGCUGCAGCGCCCAACAAGACGCUCGUCCUGGACAAUGGCGCAUAUUCGAUCAAAGCCGGUCUAGUCUCGCCAGCCUCGGAGCCUACCUACGACGACUGCAGUGUCAUUCCCAACUGCAUCGCGCGCAGCACACGCGACAAGUGCACCUACGUCGGCGCCGAGCUCGAUUCGUGUAAAGACUUUGGAGAACUGGCGUUUCGCCGUCCAGUGGAAAAGGGCUUCAUUGUCAACUGGGAGGCGGAGAAGGCGAUAUGGGAGCAUGAGUUCAUGGGCGACGCCGUGGGGGAGGGGUUGAGGGUGGGUACGCACAGUCGCGAGCUCGUGAAGGGUGUGAGAACUGACAGAACGCAGUGUGACCCGAAAGACACAAAUCUGGUCUUAACAGAGAAGCCAAACUGCCCGAAAGAGCUGCAGAAGAACUGCGACGAGAUCAUCUUCGAGCAGUUCGAGUUCGCGGCCUACUACCGAUGCGUUGGCGCGACACUCAAUGCCUACAACCCUCCCACCGCGUCCUCGUUGGCAUCGCUACCGCAAGAAUGCCUCCUCAUCAUCGACACAUCGUACUCAGACACGACCGUCCUCCCUCUCUACAAUGGCAAGCUCAUACAAUCGGCUGUGCGGCGGCUCACAGUCGGUGGGAAGCUGCUCACAAAUUACCUGAAAGAGCUCUCCUCGCUGCGGCACUACAACAUGAUGGAGGAGACAUACCUGCUCAACGAGAUCAAAGAAGCAGUCUCGUACGUCGUGCCAUCAUCGCAGCAAUUUGCCAACGAUCUGGAGCGCACUUGGAAAGGACGGCUGGGAGAUAAACGAGAGCUGGAUUCGAGCAUAGUGGUCGACUAUGUGCUGCCGGACUACGAGAAUGCGAUACAUGGGCAUGCGCGACCCCACGACCCUGCAAAAUCACGCAUGCGCCGAGGGCUACAACCGCUACAAGGACCAAGAGAAGAUCUGCUGCCUCUAGGCAAUGAGCGCUUCGCCGUGCCCGAGCUCCUCUUCAACCCUUCCGAUAUUGGCAUCCAGGAAGCUGGAAUACCUGGCGCCGUCAUGGAGUCGCUGAGCACACUGCCAGAAGCUCUACGAAUCGGCCUGUUGGCGAAUGUUGUAGUGGUAGGCGGGAACUCGUUGAUUGCCGGCUUCAUGGAACGAAUGCAGACAGAGCUGAGGGCUCUGGUACCAGCCGAGUACACGCUGAAUGUGGCGAGGGCAGAUAAACCGAUCAAGCACACAUGGCUAGGAGGAGCAAACGUCGCUAGCCAACCCGACUUGUUGAAGGAGUUGCUCGUGUCCAAAGCCGAGUAUGACGAGAGGGGCUCUACGUGGCUAGUGAAGAAGUUUUCAUGA